GAAAUGAGUAAACUCGUGGCAACAAAAGACAACAGGACAAAAGGUUUGCUGCCGCAUGAAGCUUACAUUUAUAAAACAGAUGCCUUGAAACACCAUCCAAUUGCAUCGAGCAUUGAAAAUAUGAAUUAUAAAUUCAAAAAGGUCAUACAUUUUUAAAUUUCAUUAGUGUAAAUAUCUAUACAAGAAGUAACAAAAAAGUAUUUAAAUCAUCAUUAAAUACGCAUCUAAAUUUGUCUCAAUUAAUGUUUCAAACACUAUAGAAAAACAAUGUACAUAAAAACACGCUUAUAGGGGCCUAGUUGGAGAUUUGUUAUUUUUAGGAUCUACUUUGUAGCAUUUUUAAGACAGUCAGGGGUUAAUAAUGCGGGAUAUUUUGAUCGAGUAUUUUUUGCCUAAUUAAUGAGGGGAAAAUAUUAUAAAGAAACAGGCUGAAUAUGCCCGGAAUGCAGCUUGAACAUCACGUGACGUGAUAGUGUUUUCAGGCGUCAGUGUGCUCCUCUCGGUUCCCGCGAAGAUGACGUCAUACAGCGAGAGCGAUGCGAUAUCCUGUGUGUGUGAUGUGAUGUCCUCGCGCGAGCGAUCGCAGGCAGGGGGAGAUGAACGUGAACGAUGCGAGAAGAUCAGCAUACGGAAUGAUGGAGCAAACAGUGCGCAGUACGCGCGUGUUGCAUUCAUAGGCUACAGAAGGACACCGACACACACGCAUACAACCUAAGACUUCAUCAUCGAUGAGGGAAAAUAAUCAUCAUGGCGGAGACGACAACAGCGGAGUACAAGACGUCCUCGGGAUAAGGCUUAUCAUGAGUUAAGAUAAGAUCUCCAUAUCGUUUGAUCGUGGAUUUAUCCUGCUGCUGGGGGCUACGCAAGGUGUCUAUGAGCCACUGAGACUGCCACCGAGCGCCCAGUGGUUUUUAUCAUUUCGCUGCUUCAUCGUGUCGAUGCUGCAUGUCACAAGACGAAGUAUGCGACAAACGUACUACAUCGGUAAUACAAGUAAGCGAGACAACAGCACGACAAGGCUGCAUGUGGUCAUGUGAUUUCACGAGCGAGCAGGAAUAGGCGUGCCAAUCGUCGAGGAAAGCAAUCUGGACGUCUGCAAGCCUUCAGUUCACCUGAACAACCGCACCGAUGCUGUUAGACGUGGAAAUCACGCGGGAUGCACUUGUUAAUGAACCUCGCACAUCACCCAAACCCAUUAGCGAGUCAUGAAAUGAUCGGAGCCAUUUUGAGUAUGUAACAUUAAAGAGUCGUCGGGUCAUAUCCAAGUUGAAUAUCAAAUCAGUCAACAUUCUCUUUAAUUGUCUUCUGUUGUUAUAAAAAAAACCUUAAAGCCUCACCACAAAAGGGCUAUAAUGAUCAUGUGACCCAUACUUCGAUCAAGUCUCGCUCGUUCCAACUUUCCCGGUCUAUAAUUCAACAUAUUGCCCCGGAAUAGGCACUCUGAAAAUUACCUAUAGCUGGACUAUUUUCAGCACAAUCUUUACUUGAUGAUUAUCUUUGAAGGUGCUGGGUAUGUAAGAAAACAGGCCAUGGGAUGACGUGAUGUCUCUGUUUUCAGUCCCAUAACUCAAAGCAUUUGUAAAUGUCUCGAACGCGGGUCGACAGCCUGGAAGUCUACCAUACAGCGAACAUGUGGCGAGCACUUGGGUUACUCUGCACACAUAUGAUUCGAGAGAUCGAUGUGACUGCAUUCAUCAACCGAAAUCUAUCAACGAUGAAGCUUAAUUGUGACGUAUGCAAGGCUUCACUUCAGUGAUUCUCCAUUAAGUUGCAUACAAUCUUCCAAGCAAACGUCAUUGAGCUGAACAGAUAGUGUGUGUCUUGCAGAGCAUCACGCAUUUCUUCUGAGGAGGCAGUAAUUUUGGAGGAUAACUAUACCGUCAUGUCUAUUACACGAGACAGGUCUAGCUCCCGGACGUCUAGUUUACCAGAUCCCAUGGCGAUCAUUAGUCAGCGCGCCAAAUCCAAACGCGUCAUCGUCAAUGUCGGGGGUGUCCGGCACGAGGUGAUGUGGCGUACUCUUAAUCGUCUCCCGCGCUCCCGUCUUGGCCGGCUUCGAGACUGCACCACCCACGAGACCAUCAUGGCCAUCUGCGACGACUACGUCUUCCUAGACAACGAGUACUUCUUCGAUCGACAUCCAGCCUCCUUCAACUCCAUCCUGAACUUCUACCGCACUGGCAAGCUUCACCUGAUCGAAGGAAUGUGCCCGAUCUCCUUCUCCAACGACCUGCAAUACUGGGGCAUCGACGAGCUCUACUUGGAGUCUUGCUGCCAGCACAAGUACCACCACAAGAAGGAACAGCUCCUUGAGGAAGAGAAGAGGAUAGCAGAGAGUCUCAGGGAGAACUACCAGGAGACGUUUGGUACCGGUUGCUGGACCAAGAAGAGGAUGAAACUCUGGGAUCUUAUGGAGAAACCAAACUCAUCCAAAGCUGCCCGGGUGGUUGCAGUCUUAUCCAUUCUGUUUAUCAUCUUGUCAACAAUCGCCUUGUCACUAAAUACUAUGGAGACCUUCAAACCCCAAACCGAAGAUCUCAAGCUUCGUGAUGCAGACAACGAAUCCUUGGCGUUGGUAGAGAGCGUCUGCAUCGCAUGGUUCACCCUUGAGUACCUCCUUCGUCUCAUCUCAGCACCCAAUAAAUGGAAGUUUUUCAAGGGCCCUCUUAACAUCAUCGACCUAUUGGCCAUCUUGCCCUACUACAUCACGCUGUUUCUCACGGAGUCUCGCGAGAGCGUGAUGCAGUUCCAGAACGUGCGCCGAGUGGUGCAGAUUUUCCGGAUCAUGCGCAUUAUGCGGAUCUUGAAGCUGGCCAGACACUCGACUGGCCUCCAGUCCCUCGGUUACACAAUGAAGCGCAGCUACAAAGAACUGGGUUUGCUCAUCCUCUUCCUAGCCAUUGGGAUUUUGCUGUUCUCAAGUUUAGCGUACUUUGCCGAAAAAGAUGUCCAGAAGUCCAAGUUUAAGAGCAUACCCGAGUCUUUCUGGUGGGCAGCCAUUACAAUGACUACAGUAGGAUAUGGCGACAUUUACCCCACUACUCUGCUGGGUAAAGUGAUAGGGUCCGUCUGUUGUGUGUGCGGUGUACUUUUCAUUGCCCUGCCCAUUCCCAUCAUCGUAAACAACUUCUCCGAGUAUUACCGAGAGCAGGAACGGCAGGAGAAGACGAUGAAGCAAAGGGAGGCGUUAGAUAAGGCCAAGAUGAACGGUAGCCUUGUCAGCCUUAAUAUCAGAGAUGUCUGCCUCGAUAUGGUAGAUGUCAUGGAUGACACUGCGCAUGUGCUGAAAGGCUCCUUCAAGGGUAGCGUGCAUUCUCAUUCUAGUCCACACCGAAGCAUCGGUCACGAGGAGACUUACAGCAACGCAUCAGUGGAUCUAGGAGCAAUGGGGAUGGAUCAGCAGUCUCGACCGACGGGGGACUACAAGGAUGUCCUACCUCCACCCUACAGGUGUGGUCUUGGUGAGCGUCCAACCACUCCACGAGAUCGCACCUGUAGCUCUACCACAUACACAGACCACGCCAACAAGCAGAGUUCCAGUAGCUUAGCUUCUGAUGCCUUCCCGGAGACGGGGCAGACGGAGCGGCCAAAGGUAUACCGAGCUAUUGGUCGGAUGGGACUCAUCGUCGGCCACUCUGGGGUUGGAAUAGGUGGUCGGGAAGUAGAUGACUGUGAGCAUUCGAGAAAUAGUGUGAAAAAGUCCAGAGAGAGUGAGGAUGUACCAUCUUACGUUGAUGCGCCGUCUACAGGGUUGUUUGGAACUCUUGGAGAGAAAGCCGGGAGGAGGGGAGGCAAGGUACCAACGAAGAGGAGUGUAUCUGGCAUCUCUGAUCGGGAGGAUGAUCCAUUGCGUUCCCCGCCCCACUAUACUACGGCAGAAAUAAAUCAGCCUCUGGAGAGAGAGGCCGCACCGCAUGAGCAGAGCCGCUCACGAGGUGGUACCUCACCAAACGAUGCAGAAGAUGCGAAUGAAACUCAACCACUUCUUGGAUCGUAUCAUCCAGCAACAGACGGUGAUGGCGCCCAACCAGCCGAGGGUCGUGACAGAGAUUCCCCGCAAGGUAUAGGAAUAUCUGCGGAAGAUCAGGUCAUCGUUCAAAAACUUGACGACGGCUUCACCACAACGUGGACCAAAGCUGGAGCUCAGAGUCCGCAGAGGGAACAGGUGGCCCCUCCGGGAAAGCGAUCCAGAGAUAAACCCAUCAAACCUGUCCUCAAGAAUCCUCCCAACUCUAGCGACGAGAGAUCAUUGGAGCACCCGUCCCUAAGUCGCAAGUCGAGUUCUGGCGACAGUCAGGCUUCACCAAGUAACGUCCGCAAGCGCGUGACCAUCGAAGACGACAGGCGUAGCGUAACGUCUACAGACUCUGAGGCACUAGCGGACAAUACACCCCAGCCCCGACUGUCCAAGAAACCUGCCAGCAAAUGGAAACCCCGAAAAUUUAAACAGAAACCUUCUGUGAUCCUAUCGGGUAUCGGAAACCUGACCAGUGGACUCCGAAUCGGACAUGGAAAGUCGGGUCAGAGGAAAACCGGGUCUGGAGACACCGAGAAACAUUACAAUCGGACCAGUGAUAGCGGUACCUCCGAUAGUGGUACCACCCCACCACCAAACUCCAAAAGUACCAAGGGGAAGGGUAGAAGCAUAAAAUUGCGCACUCUAGCGUUUAAGCCGCCACAGUCUCCAAAGCAGCGCUCCGAUACGGCCGCAGUGGAUCCAAGAUCAAUCAAGGAUGUAUAUGACAGCGAUUCACAACCCCAACACUCGCCGUCUGUCCAGUUCAGUUUACCGAGUUCGGGUAACUUCGAGGACACCCCGUCACACACCGGUCAAUCCAGGCAAAGUAGUGAGAACGAACAUUUCAUUUUCCCUCCUCUCAUCCAGGCGUUUCCUGGAGACGAAGACGCGUCGUCACCGCCCACCAGGAGCCCCCUUGGCUACUCCCCGCCUGCCACGAAGCAGUCACACGACACGUACGAUAUGUCAUCGGGUUCGAGCUCCCCCGUCUCCCGGAAAUCGCCCUUGAUUAUUGGGAAUGGGGUAGAACCAGCUCCCAUCCAAUCGCCGAGUUACGAUGACGCGUCGAGAGAGAUCACUGUCAUAACAGGUGCUGGCCCCAAACCUACAACCCCUGGCUCGAGCCCUAUAUCAAUUAACCAUGUAGAUCGCGGGACACACCAUUAAACUUGUGUGUGCAUUCCCAAGUAAAACUUCGACUGAACAAUUAUAAUCAAUCUCAUCAAACUACUUGAUCCAUUAUACCAAGAGCGGUUUCAUUAUUGAAUUCACAUAGCUGUUUAAACCGUCAGGAAUCAGACAUACGUCUUAUUUAUAGUCACUAUACAUAUUUUUACUCGUAUGUGAUAUUUGUGACAUCUCAUGUAAAAGGUGACAACAGAAUGUCGAAACAAUUAGUCUUAAACGCCCCCAGUAGACUCAAUAUUUUCCCUUGAUAGCAAUGUGUGAUUAGCUCAUUUGUUGUUCUAAGGACAUAAGAUAUAUUAAAGUGUUUGUAAACUGCAGGUGCAACUAAUUUUGCCCGUAGCACUGACUUGAUUUUUAUAAAUGCUUGAAAAGUACGCAUAAAGGGCACCUGGCAUUUGGCGAACACCUUAUCCAAAUACAUACUAAUUUUGAAUUUAACUGAUUAUACAAAUCGGAAUUUUCUUUUUACUUUCAUAGUAGCGGCCCUGUUUGAAAAAAAGUGAUUUGUAAUAUGUCUCGGAUUGCAGGGUUUGAUGGCUGCUGUGCAGCAACGCAAAAAAAAAGAAGAAAAAUAAUGGAAUUACAUUCCAGUCACCUUUGAGAGUUUGUUACAAUAUCUAAAAACAGAUUCGUUCAGUCGGAGAUUUAAAUUGCUGAACGAUGCUUUCACAGUGUCAAGCAUUCCACAACAAUGUGCACUUUGAAACUAAAUACUGUGACCAAGCCCCAAAUGGAUCAUUCAGAUUUUUUUCAACCUCGUGUCCAUGCAAUCUAGGUGCAAAAAACAAGCACAGAGACCGUGUAGUCCAGGUUGAUUCUGUCUUAUAGUGGAUGUCAAGCUUUCGGAGGCUUUCUUAAAUCGUGGUAGAAGCAAAUUAUGAUAUUAACUUGCACCUAUUUCAUUAAAGGGAAAUGGAUAUGAAAAAACGCUAAGCUGAAACUUUCCUGUUCGUAAUUUACAGAUUUGAACAAUAUGAUGUACUCGACUUCACAUUUUGAGAUCUUAAACUCUUAUAAGUAUUCCAAGAAGGUUUAAUGUCUACUCCUUUCGUCAUAAAGAGUUUCAAAUCAUCUUGAAUAUGUAAAAUAAAAUAAAAAGAUUCGCUCCUUCAACUUUCAUCUUUCUCUAGCCGUAAAGCAUUUAAGGCAUCUCGAUCUAAAAUUUCACAAAUCUUCGCAGGUGGAGUUUUCUUCUCUUGUUCGUAGAUGUUUUCCAGCAGGUAAGAAGGACAAUAAAUGAUUUUUCAGCAAUGUGUAGAACUCUUGAAAAUACUGUAUUCUAGUCUAUCCCCUGACCAAAAUAUGCUAAGUGUGUUUUAAACAUUACCGUAGCCUUUGUCACAAUAUUGGACAUAGCCAAGUCACAAGAUGUCGUCUGCGAACUAAGUCUUUCAGCACCUAAAUAUUUGCCCAUUUAUUAAAUAUUAUAAAAUGAUGUGCUAAUUACAUUGUUCAAGGUACAACUGUUUAGCAUUUUGAUCAAAGUUUAUUUACGCAAACGAUGGACAAGCUUGACCAUUUUUAGAUAUGAAAACGCAGAAAAAACACGUAUGUUCAUGUUUUCCGGGCCAAAUUACGCCAUCUAUCUAUGAAAAUGCAAUAAAGAACUUUGUCAUGUGUCAAUUCAAACCUUGGUACAAGUGAUAAAAAUGUUAGCAGGUGUUUUGUACCCAAUUAUAAUUAACGCCUAUGGCUACGCCCAUGAAAGUCAAACUGAACUAAUGUACAAAUCUCUUUCCUACAUCUGUAAUCAUAUUUAUCAUGAAACAAUGAUCGUUGCUAUAUUUAAUCUCAGGUCAAGUCUCGAUUGUAAUUAAGGAAUUCUUUAUAAUAGUAUUUGACAUUUUAAUACUUGUAAAAAUGUAUGUAACAAUUAUCCAAACCAUUCAUAUUUAUAUAUGUAAAUGAAUGUAACUUCUGAUUUUCUUUUCCAACAUUGUAUACUAAAACAAUAUCGUUAAUGUAAUCAGAUAAACAUAAUUAUAAAUACACAGUGCAUGGCCAAGAACUACCAAGUGAUUGUAUAGCAAGCCUCCCUUCUUGGCUAAAAUAAACGAGGUCGUGGUUGGCAUCGUCAACGUAUAUGAACUUUAAGGAAAGAUUAUGAAGUGAUAGUUGUUUAAUCGUUCGAAAGAGGGCGUUAUAUUCCACAAUUAUAUAUUUUUGUUGUAUCCUCA